UUUCUCCUCAGUUUGACGCCACAGAUCAUGGACUCUACAGGAAGCCAAGAACCUGCAAAGGAACCAAUCACUGACAAGAACGGAGAUGAACCGAAGCCUGGAGACCUGAUUGAGAUUUUUCGCAACGUCUAUGAACACUGGGCUGUGUACGUUGGUGACGGCUACGUCGUCCAUCUGCUGGGACCGGACGGAAAUUUCUCGUCGUUCAGCACCAUCAACCUUCCAGUGGGGAAAAACAACAUUCUGAAGCAGAAGUUGCUGGAGGUGGUUUCCUCAGACGAGUGGCACAUCAACAACAACAUGGACCAGGAGAAGCAGCCGCGCCCCGCCCACGUCAUCGUGGAACAAGCCAACAAACUCGUCGGCACAACUCGAUCGUACAACGUUGUCGACUACAACUGUGAACAUUUUGCCACUGAGCUGCGCUACGGAGCCGCCGAGUCCCAGCAGGUAGAAGAUGCUCUGAAGAUCGGACUUGGUGUGACUGGAGUCUCUUUAGCUUUGGGAGUCGUGAUCGUAGCUUUGCUAAUCUGGAAGAAUAACCAGUCAACCAGUAACUGACAGUGAGAAUCUAUUCUGAAUUAUCUAGACACAUUUUAGGUUAUUAAACUGUUUUAGUUUCAUCCUGACGAUGGAAACAACAAAUUUCUGAUUUUUAAUGGUCUAUUUGUUACUGCUGAUUCAGGAGUGAUCAAUCAUAGCUGUGAUAAUAAAAAUGAAGUACAUUAACUAUUAAACAUUUAUUUCAUCUUCUUGUUUUAAUUUUGAGGAAUGACUCUGGCUCUUUCUAAGUCAACUUAACUCCCAUUAAAAUAUCUGAACAUGUUGCCACUACUGCACCGACCUAUUUUAACCUGCAGGAGGAGCGUGACCUCAUCAGUAAGGUGUACAGCAAUUUGUGCAUUUUAGUGAUUUUCUAACACCUAAACAAAUGUCUA